AUGGAAACCUUUCAGAUAAUUGAAAUGAAACGGUGUGCAAGUGUUCGCCAUCGAGAGACAAGUAGAUUUCUUCGAGAUCUGGUUCAGGAUAUUCUUAAAUCUUCUCCGAGUAUCCAACCCUGGGAUACUAGGAUCUAUCAUGGGAGAUUAGCCCUGGACGCAGAACUACAGAAUCCUCUACUAAACAGUUCAAGAGAGCAGGGGAAGGAUUCAGAAAUCAACGAAGACGAUCUAGAGGCUGAUAAGAAAGUGUCUGGAGAGAUUUUUAGCAAGCAUGUUAAUAUUGAUCAGUAUUUGGGUGAUAUCGAUGCCAGCUCUCAGCAGGGGUUUAUGGAAGCUUUUCAGGGAAAAUCUUUCUUAAAGCUUGGAAAAGAUAAGAAAAAGAAAAGUUCAGUUAGCUCAAAUUCCAACAGAAGAGAUUCCACAGAGCCUGUAAAAUCUGUUGUAAAGCAGGGUGAGCUGAAAGACACUGUCUCUGUGGAAAACUAUAAGGUUGAGAGACUGGUAAAUCUACUCCGGAUGAGUAAAAGAACAGUAAUCUUUACAGAAGUUCCAGACAACAAACAGUGUAAUUGUAAUUCAAGAUUAAAUUGUCAGAAUUUGCCCCCAUUUUCAUACCAUUGCAUCGUUGCUCUAUCCAAGCAUGGUUUGGUACACUUUUGGAUUCAGAAUGGACAUGACAGCUUACCUAUUCGAGCAGAGUUUCCUAAAGACCUAUUUGUCGAAGUGUUUGAGUCCUGGCAUACUGUUCCUAAAGACUCUUAUAAACAGUUGACUGACCUCGUGAGACAGGAGGGAGAAGAAUCUGAUCUUGUGAUUAUUCUGAACUCUAAUAUGUCAGGUACAACUGCUGGAAUACUCGCUGAAGCAGCAGAUAGAUCAACAAGUGGGUUAUCCUACACAGAAGGAGGUUCUUUAGGAUUUAUAGUUGUUGGCUCAAUGCAAACUAGGUUUGAUGCAAAAGCAACGUUGAGGAUAAACUCAGAUCCUGAUGAUAUCUUUAAGAAAGUUCUGGAAAAUUUAGAGCUCUUGGAUGAUCUUGAUCCUGAUAUUCUUAGUUCUAGACUUAAAUUUGAGAAAGACAAAGCUUCACGGAAGGAUUUAGUACAAAAUCUGCAUCUUAGUUUUGAAAAUGAAGAUCCAAGAAAAUUCCAUGGAAAAGUCUUUUUUGAUAAAUGUCUUUUAGCUCCUAAUCGCGCCAAAGCUCUUACAUUUGAUGUACGACAAGUUACAGACCUGAAAGUUAAAACAUUUUCAGAAAUGAUCAAAAAAAGUAAAGACACAAUUGUUUACACUGAAACUUGCAAUGAUGACACACACAAGAAUGAUAUCCGUUCUUGUUAUCCUUAUCUUGCUAAACUAUCAAAUGGUGAAUACGUUAAAUCAUGGAUAAAUAUGGGUACAGAUGAAAUGAUUAAACAAUCUGGAUUUUCAGGCCAAAUCUAUGAAAUUGAAGAUUCUAAGAAUGCAGAAGAUAUUUCAAAGUUAAUGGAGGAAAUCAUUGAUAAGUUUUCACAUGCAGAUCUUGCAAUUAUCUUUGGAUGUGGGAGAGAUAUUUCUUCAAGGAUAGCAGAUCAUAUUUUCCAGAGAUCAUGCCAACCUUAUCAGGAUAUUGGUGGCGCAUUAGGAACCGUUCUGAUUUCAACCACAGAAACAAUCUUGGAUGAACUUCUUUCUUUAAAGAUGAAUGAUUCCCCAAACGAAAUUUUGCCUAAGGUUAUCAUCCAACUAGAAGGGGCUGAUAUCUCAAGAAAAUCAAGUAACGAGACUAAAAUCAGUUCAAAUUUUUCCUCCAGGAAAAACUCCAAUAGUAUUCAGGAAUCUAUGAGUAAAAAAAGCUCCCUGGCUAGCUGUAGUGUAGAUUCUCAUAGAGAUUCAGUUUCAAACCAGCUUCACAGAUAUCCCUGGAUAGAUCCAACUGACAAGAAAAUCAAGGACGGAAGACUAUUUGCAGAAACCGACACUGAGUUUCAAAUUUUAUCCGCAUCAAAUCCAGAUCGAGAUUGCUCCAAAGUGUUAGCAGUUAAAGCUAAUACAAUUAUAUCUUUACUAAAGAUCAGCAAAGAAACUGUUAUUUUCCUUGAUUCAGUUCCAAGUGUCCUAAAAAACAAUAGAAUCAAUGAAGAUUGCAUUUUUAAUCAACUCAAUAAAUCAGGACAGCUGAAACUACAACUGCUGAGAACCAUGAAUUCUUGGAAACUUUUUCAUAUUUUGAUUCAAGUUGGACAUGAUGGAAUCCCACAGAAAGCUGGGGUAAUAGAAAACCAAACAUUUGAGAUGUAUCCAGACUGGAACUGUAAUGAGUUUUUUAAACCUGACCUUGACAAGAUUGAAACCUUCAUUGAGAAAGCUGAUCUAGUUUUGUUCAUUUCAGACCAUUUGAAUCAGUUCCAAGCGUCGCUGAAACUUUUAAGCGAGAAAACUAAGUUAGGUUUAAGAUUUGAGGAUGGAGGUUCCCUUGGCUUUGUUCUGGUUUCUCCUGGACCAACAGAGAUUGACCCGUUAUGCACAGUGCGGGUAAACUGUGAGAAGCAAAGGUUUAUGAAGUAUCUUUUAUCAGUGAUGAAUAAUUUGGAAACAUUAGAAGAUUUUGAAAGAAAAUGUUCUGCGUCGGAACACAGGAGUUAUUUCAGGUUUCUUCUUCAGGAAGAUCAACAACAAAAAGAUCAAAAACAAGAAGAACAAGAUGAAGAAGAACUGGAACAAGAAGAUCUGGAGCAAAAAGAGAAAAAUAUUCAUGGAACUAUGUUAUUCAAUUUGAGAAAAUCUUCUGAAGAAUUCAAUUUAGAAGAAACUAAAACCAAUUUGUUUAUUCACUUGGUAAAGUCUAGUAGACGAACUGUAAUCUAUACUAGCUCUCAGGAAAAGUUAAUAACUUCAUAA